ACUGACAAUUACUACUCCUGGACUGUUAUCUACUCUCAAUGACAUACAGGGAAUGCUAUUGUUCUGUUCACUGUCUCCACCAUUAAAAUUUAAUCAUACAUGCUGUGUGCCAAAUUAGAAUUAGCUUUCACUGUAAAACAGUAACUAUAUAUUUGCAUGAGUAAUGAAACAACAAUAAUGUUCUAACAUGAAACAGAUCAUAGAAUGAUGAUUCCAGCUGUGUUAGGUUUUCCCAUGUGCAGAGUUCACGUGUUUUGACUGAGAUAUAUAUAUAUUUUUGUUCACUUGUCUGCCAUUCUUCCCAUCAGCUGCUACGUACAUCACUCAUUCCUGUUUUGCACCAAAUCAUCCUGUCUGUUCCAGGAUCUGGUCAAGUUCAGUUCCCUUAAUACGACAAAAAAUGCCAGAGGCAGAUACUGCAGCAACCAAACGACAAAAAAUGCCAGAGGUAGAUACUGCAGCAACCAAAUGACAAAGAAUGCCAGAGGUAGAUACUGCAGCAACCAAACAACACAGAAUGCCAGAGGCAGAUACUGCAGCAACCAAACGACACAGAAUGCCAGAGGUAGAUACUGCAGCAACCAAAAGACAAAAAAUGCCAGAGGCAGAUACUGCAGCAACCAAAAGACAAAGAAUGCCAGAGGUAGAUACUGCAGCAACCAAAAGACAAAAAAUGCCAGAGGCAGAUACUGCAGCAACCAAACGACACAGAAUGCCAGAGGCAGAUACUGCAGCAACCAAACGACACAGAAUGCCAGAGGUAGAUACUGCAGCAACCAAAAGACAAAAAAUGCCAGAGGCAGAUACUGCAGCAACCAAAAGACAAAGAAUGCCAGAGGUAGAUACUGCAGCAACCAAAAGACAAAAAAUGCCAGAGGCAGAUACUGCAGCAACCAAACGACACAGAAUGCCAGAGGCAGAUACUGCAGCAACCAAACGACACAGAAUGCCAGAGGUAGAUACUGCAGCAACCAAAAGACAAAAAAUGCCAGAGGCAGAUACUGCAGCAACCAAAAGACAAAGAAUGCCAGAGGUAGAUACUGCAGCAACCAAAAGACAAAAAAUGCCAGAGGCAGAUACUGCAGCAACCAAACGACACAGAAUGCCAGAGGCAGAUACUGCAGCAACAAAAAAAGGCAGAUACUGCAGCAACCAAAUUACAAAGAAUGGCAGAUGUAAAUACUGAAGCAACCAAUUGCAAAUGUCAUCAGAGAUUCCCACAAUACAGACAUUGAGAAUGUACUGCACUCUAUUAUCCUGGCAAAUAAAUCUGCUCGUCAAAAUCAGACAGACAAAAAAUUCCCAUAAAUCACCGUGGUACUUACUACACAACAAAGCUGACAUUCCUGCAAUAUUGUUUUACAACAAUUUCUAAAAUGAGGGAAAUUUUUUAAUGACAAUUAACUUUCACAAUCACCAGAAUAGUUAGCCCACGAAUGAAAAAGAUUUGCUUACAACUCUGACUGUGAGAGUUUAAAAAGCUCUGACUAACAGGUAAUUUCCAUAAUCCCAUUAUGUUCAAAGUCAAAACAUGGCCAUGAAUCUGAUAAGCUCCAAACAAAUUGUGUUCAUUAAACAUGUUAGAGGUAAAAUUACUUGAGACCAACUUAAAUACUUCAAAUGAAGAAUGAAUCUUCCGUAGAGAAACCAUCUAUUUAAUAUCAAAAUUAUAACAAUGAAGCAAUGUGAUAAAUAUAUAAGCAGUUUCAUUUCAAAGACUAUGUAAACCAUAUAGCUGAUAUAAAUUCCAUGCAAAUUCAUUUUUACUAAUGAAAUCUAACAAUUAAAUAUUUAAAUGUUUUUAUAUAAUUCAAAACAAUAAGA